AACCGGCGUCCGGAAGCUGUCCGAAGCUCCGUCGCCACUGGGAAAGGAUCUGGGAGACGCAGGGCCAGAGGGCCGCCUUUGUACGCGAGAACGGAACCUGAGCGGAACGUCCGGAACCGGCGUCCUAAUGCUGUCCGAAGCGUCGCCAUGACUGGGGGUGCGAACCUGAGUGGACGGCGGAAUCUGCGUUCCGAAGCUUCGUCGUCAUUGGGGAUUGAUGUGGAAGAUGCAGGGUCAGGGGGUCGCCUUCAAGCGGGAGACCGGAACUUGAGCGGACGCCCCGGAACCGGCGUUCAAAUUCUGCCCGAAACUUUCCCAACCGGCGUCCCAAUGCCCGUCCGAUCUGUCGCCAUCCCCGGGGCUGCGAGGACGGAUCCGAGUGGACGUCCGGAACCGGUGUCCGACUGCUGUCCGAAGUGUCCCCGUCAUUGGAGUGGAUGUGGGAGACGAAAAGCCAGGGCCCCGCCUUCAAGCGUGAGGACGGAAGCUGAGCGGAACGUCCGGAACCCGGUGUCCAAAUACCGUCCAAACGCCGUCCAAACUGUCGCCAUCAUUGGGGUGCGAGGACGGAAGCUGUACCAGACGCCUGGAACUGGCGUCCGAAUACUGUCCGAACUUUCGCGAGGCUCGUGCGAGCGUCCUGAACCGAUGGAGAGGCGAAUGAAGGUCGCGGCAGGAGCAUGUACGCUCUUACGCGGACCCGGGGCGUAGACCGUGUGAAUGGGCCCACCAGAAGGGCCGUGUGAGGAAUAGAAGAGAUCCAUUGUGUAAGGGACAUUGGGGUACCAUUGAAAUGUUUGACAAAGGAGGCGACCGUAAGACACGUGUUUGGAGACGGAAGGAACUGGAACUUAUCAAAACGAGCACGUUGGGAUUAUCACGAGUUUACCAUCUAUUAAUGGUAGAAGGAAGGUUGGAUCAAACGGUUGCUUACAUCUCCACUUACUUUUCCUCUUCGCUCGUGAACAAGACAGAGACAAUUUAGCAGAAAAGAUGAGUGAAGGUUGAUUGAAGACUGAUCAUGGUAGAAUCUAUCAAGUGCU